GCUGAUCCCACGUGUGACGCUUUCAUUCCCGGCUCAGUAAUAUUCUCAUAGCGGGGCUUUGCAUAUCUCCUGCCCUAUCUGUGUGUGUCUGUCACUGUUACUGUAGUCCCAGCCUCUAUAGUUUGGAAUAGAUAUGGAAGGAGACGGGAGUCAAGCCACGUCCGGAAGCCUAAAUGAUUCACAACAUGACCCGGGUAAAAUGUUUAUCGGUGGCCUCAGCUGGCAAACCUCACCAGACAGCCUUAGAGACUAUUUUAGUAAAUUCGGAGAAAUAAGAGAAUGUAUGGUGAUGAGAGACCCCACGACAAAACGCUCAAGAGGAUUUGGGUUUGUUACGUUUACAGAUGCUGCCAGCGUAGAUAAAGUCUUAGCCCAACAGCACCAUGAAUUAGACUCAAAGACGAUUGAUCCUAAGGUUGCCUUUCCCCGUCGCGCCCAGCCUAAGAUGGUCACAAGAACAAAGAAAAUAUUUGUGGGAGGCUUGUCGGCCAACACGGUAGUGGAAGAUGUGAAGCAGUAUUUUGAACAGUUUGGGAAGGUCGAUGACGCCAUGCUUAUGUUUGAUAAGACUACUAACAGACAUAGAGGAUUUGGUUUCAUAACUUUUGAGAGUGAAGACAUCGUAGAGAAAGUCUGUGAAAUUCAUUUUCAUGAAAUCAAUAACAAAAUGGUAGAAUGUAAGAAGGCCCAGCCCAAGGAGGUGAUGUUCCCACCAGGUACGCGGGGGCGAGCCAGGGGUCUGCCCUACACCAUGGAUGCCUUCAUGCUGGGGAUGGGCAUGCUGAGUUACCCUAACAUUGUGGCAACGUAUGGCCGUGGAUACACUGGAUUUGCACCCAGCUACAGCUACCAGUUCCCUGGCUUCCCAGCGACAGCAUAUGGACCGGUGGCGGCGGCAGCGGUAGCAGCAGCGCGUGGCUCAGGUAGGGGGGCCCGUGGAAGAGGCGGCUACUUGGCGUACCCACAGAGCACAGGGCCAGGCCUCCCCGAUUAUGGGUUUUACUCUGCGCCCAGUGACCAGAGGGGGGGGCCCUGCUCCUUUGCUGACUAUGGCUCCCUGGGGCCCCAGGCGGCUCAGAUGCUGCACAGUGAGCAUGCCACCUCCGCCUGCAACUCCCCCCUACAGCACCUACACAGCCCGGAUCAGUUUAAGAACCCAGGCACCAACCCUUCGAGGCCUGGAGGUUUUCCUGGUGCUAACAGUCCAGGGCCUGUGGCUGACCUGUAUGGACCUAGCAACCAGGAUUCGGCCGUGGGGAACUACAUCAGUGCUGCUAGUCCUCAGCCUGGCUCUGGGUUUGGCCCCAGCAUUACUGGCCCGUUGAUUGCGACAGCUUUUACAAACGGAUACCAUUGAACAGGUGGCCGGUUGCUUUCUCAUCAGAGCAGAGUAUAUCUGGUGGCCCAGGACAGACAGGACGAAGUUUCUAAUUGGCUUUGUGUGCAGGUGAUGAUUAUCCAACUUCAAGCACUACAGCGUCACAGAUGGCUAAACGAGUGUAAAGCGGGAUCCAUAGGAGGAAGAAGAGAAAAAAAACGUUUGUCAUCUCAGAAAAACAAACAACUGCUGUACUAUAACCCAAACCUCCUAUACCUUUACAACCUGGUUUGGUAUGAUGUUCCACGUCAACUUCACUCACCAAUUUCCUUCUUCCCUUAGCUUUUUGUUUUUGAUUACUUUCUAGUGUGUCACUUGAGUUUAACUUCAGCUUUGUAUCUUCUUGUAGUUUGUUACUAAAUUUUAUUAUUAUUUUUUUUGCUUGUUUUUAAAGUACGGCGAGUCAGAGCCAAGAGUAUCUGCAAGUCACGUCUUCAUCUUCGUAUUGGUUAGUGUAAAGGCAGAAAAUAAAUCAGAACAGGUUGGGAUAUUUCCGUUCGGUCUUUCAGCAAAAAAAUAGUUCAGUAUGAAAAGACUUGGAGCAAAAAAAAAAAUUAAGGAAAUUUUAAAGAGAAGGUAUCUAAGUAAUAAAUUUUAGUAGCUGUUUUAUUUCUUGUGUCUCAUUGUAAACCAUGAUUACCUAUUUUUGGGCAAUACAAAGAGGACUCCAA